GCCUGCGCGAAGUGCAGCAUAGACAGUAAUCGGGCUUCAGUUUUCUCCGUUGAAAUCAAUCUGGACGCUGUGUCCAUUUCUUUUACUGUCUAUGUAUCUCACAUUAACCGCUAAAGAGCCAACAGAAGUGAGGCUUGUUUUUGGAUUAGAGCAGGUCUGACGCGUCGCGCGCAUAGUUUAAGAAAGCGAAAGUAAACUGCAAGCGGAAGUUGAGACGAUGAUUCGAAAGUGAAAGACUGCGGACAAAAACUCUUAAAUUCAUGAUAAAAUUAUGUUUUUAUUAUAGUUCUCUUUUUUGUGUAAACCAUGAACAUUACGUUUGUUGUAGUAGCAAUACUCCUGGUAGUCGCUGAUGGCUUCACUUUGCGAGGUCCAUCUGCUCCUCUGGUUGCUCUUCUAGGAUCUUCAGUGGUUUUGCCCUGUUAUACUGAUAAACCUUUACCAAUGAAGGGUCUGGAGGUGGAGUGGAGAAGAACAGACUCAGAGACUCUGGUUCAUUUGUUUCAAUAUGGAGAGAGUCGACCAGAGGCCCAGCAGCAGGAUUAUCAGGACAGAGCUCAUUUCUUUACUGAUCAGAUUCAACAUGGAAACUUCUCCCUCCGUCUGGACAAUCUGAGAACAGAAGACAAAGGCAUUUACAGAUGUAAAGUUUACAGUCAGCAGUUUGCUGACAAAACCUUAGUUGAAAUAAAAUACGUUGAGUACUUGCUGGUAUCAGGAUCGAGUCGUUCAAUAUCUGCAUCUGUGGGGGAGGACGUCACUCUGAACUGCUCUGUUGACUCUCACAUCAAACCUAAACACAUUAAAAAGGUUUCAUGGAGGAAAACAGAUGAAGAUGAAGAUAUUCUGGUUCUGCUUUACCAGAACAAUGAGACUUUUCCAGGUUCAUCAGAUUUGCAAUACAGAGACAGAGUUGAGUUCUUCACUGAUGAAAUCCCCAAAGGAAACUUCUCUCUCAGACUGAAGAGUGUCAGAACUGAGGACAAAGGCGUUUACAUCUGUCAAGUGUUUGCUGGAGGACUUUCAGCCAAUACAACUGUGGUACUGGAGCAACUGGGUUUCUCUUCUCGGCACAUAACUGUGUUGUUUUUCUGUGUCGUUGCUGGAUUUGGAGCUGUGCUUCUGCUCUGUUGUCUGAUCUACUGCAGAGUUAAAAACACAGAAAACAGCAGAACAAUCUGGAAUCUUCAUCUUUCUCUGGUCUUUUGUCCAAAUGUCUGCAUGUUUUCCGCCUUCGUCCUCUGGGCUCUCACUGAAGGAUUUCUCCAUGAGACCGUCACUUGCUGCGCUCUGUUUAUUCUGAGGCCUGUCAUGUUGAUUUGGGCUUUGUCUUAUUUAAACUAUCUCAAAGACGACAUUAAAACAUGGAUCCGGUUUUUCAGAAUAACCAGUGAAUUUACUGUUUUCACAGUCGUUGUUAAUUCAGUUAUUUUUACAGAUGUCUGGAGAAAGACUGCACAUGAUACAGUCUGGGUACAUCGUGUAGUUUCUGGAUUAUGCUUUGGAGGAGUUCUGCUGUGGUGUCUCACCCUGAGUGGAAAGGAGUUCAGAAGGCUAUGCAGUCAGGAGCGGCCAAGACGGGCUUCCUCAAUCAUACGAACUCUAUUUUUUUUGUUUUGGAUUAUUCUUAUUCAAUUGAUCCAGUUGUUCUCCUCAUUUAAAAUUCCCUCUCCAGCAUUUGUUGUUGUACCAUGGGUUGCAGCACUGCUGUUUUUCUGUAUACCACUUUUACCUCGUCUACAAGCAGUAUUCAACUUUCAGAGAGGAUGGAUAACAUUGUGGAUGAUAACAAUACCACUCCUGGAUAUCAUCCUUUAUGUUUAUAUUCUUCUAACCAUAUUGGAAAGGGAGAAAGAUUACUUGGGAUGGAUCUGCAUCAUGUUAUUUCUGGAAGUCCUGAAGAUGAUGGUGAUCUUUGAAUACUGUGUGACAGAGGCAGAACAUUCAGGAAACCAGAGACGACAACAGACUGAGACAAACCAACAACGAUCAAAUACAUUGGAUCUCUGUAAUUUCAUCAUGUACAUGUUUGGAGCAGUUGGUCUUGUGUUGUUGAACUCUGUUACACUGGCAGCAGAACUGAUCCUCAAAGCACGUAACGGUGAGCGCGUCUUGAAGGAUCUGAGACUCAUCGUCUUCCCUUCCGAAUGUGUCUUUGCCUUGUAUUGGCUGAUUUUACUAAUGCACGCUGACUGGAAGGUUUUUACAACUAAAUUUACACACAAUCGAGGGAACACACAUCAAAGACACAGCCGUCAGCUCAGGGACUCAGCAGAGACUCAUGAAAUGGAGAAUCUGUCCACACCUGAUUCUGCUCUUUCACAGACACAGUGAUUUCUCCUGAAUAAUACCCAACUCAAUCAGACUGAAGACUUCCAAAUGUGUUGCAUUUGGUUGCAAAUAAUGCUUGGAUCGUUUUAUAUUGGUUGUCGGAUCAUUUCAAAGGUAAUGCUUUUGUGUGUUUGUUUCAUAAACAGCAACAUUUCGGUACAGCUCUUGUGGCGUGUUCGAAAAAAUGUGAAUUCAUUCAUCUGAGUAUUUAUUUGUUAAAUAUGUGAGAGUUAAACAUGCUUUGUAAAUGUUUAUGUGGUUGUUGCAUCGGUGAUCAGGAUUCAUGUUUCAGGUACUUUUUACUAUUGAUUGAUUGAUUGAUGAUGCACCAAUGCAUCUGCUUAUGUUUGUCUUUUUAUUUUAAUAAUGUCUCAGGGUACUGUAUGUAGCAAACACUGAGUUGGCUGUGCCAAACGUAAAUCUAUGAAAAUAUAUUUCUUAUGUUUACUAGUUACAAACCAGUUUGUAAAAACUCACAAAUCCAUUUGUAAUUGUCUGAAUUUUUAUAUGUGUGGGAGUGCAGUCAGAUAAAAAUAAAUGUUGAGAGAAUGCUAUUGAAGUCUUUCUUCAAUAGUUCAAUAAUAUACAAUGUAGAUUUAUUAAUCCCAGUCAAUCUUAUAUGAGCCUUAAUGAAAAACACUUAAUGGACCAACAUCACUUCGGCACUCUCUGGUGAAACUGGUUGUUGUUGGAAAAAAGUUGUUAGAAAGUCUGAAAAAGUUUUAAAGUAUAUUAAGUCUUCACAUGCUGAUUAUUAUUUUCCUGUGUUUACAGUAAUGUAAUCAGGCAGGUAAUCUACAAUUAUUUAUUGUAAUGGUUACACUAAUGUACAAAAACUCUUUGUCCCAAAAUGUACAAUCCAACAUAUUGCAAAAAAAUGUAAAUAAAUAAAUGUAAAUCCUUAA